UGUUGCUCGCUCUCUCGUCUUUCCCACACACACUCAUGACACAGUUGCUGAGGAAGUCGGACGUUCUUUCUGGGAACAGAGCAGCGAAGCAGCAGCAGCUAUCACAGAGGAGCAAAAGCAGCACCGAGGUGUCACUACAACCACAAAAAAUGGCAGUGAAGUCAGCAAGAGGCCAUGAACCAGUGUGAAUGAACCUGCAGACAGAAAGCUAUUCAGAUGCCUGCCCGGUGCCCAACAACAAUCAAGCACAGUGCUGCAGUUCUCAGUAGCUAUAUUUGAUAAGAAACAAAUGCUGUUCAACCAACAUCUUGCAUUUUGGAUAAAUAUUGUGAAGUAUGAGCGAUAAGACUGCUGUGAUCGAGUCACAGGAGAGUUGAAAGCUUGGAGGUUUUCAACAUCAGAAUACAGUCAGUCAGCAGCUAAGAAAGUGGAAAAAAUUGGCAGAGCUGGAAGAAAGGAAUUACAUGUAGACAAAAUCUAAAAUCACACGUCACCAUGGAGACAUCGAGAUUGGACUGUGUGCACCUUAAUAAAUGGGGGCCUCUCAACACUCCGGGUGAACACAUUAAAUGACAUUAAAUGUGAGCUUAAGGCUUUUCAUGUGAAUGUUCUCUUUUCAUAAAUUGAGCACAUUUCACCACCUUAAAAACUGAAAAGGAACUGCUAACGAUGGUUUACAUAAGGCUCCUGUCAUGAUGUCAUCUGGUUGUAUCCAGUGAAGCACCAGCAAUAAUGUUGUCAACAGUGAUGCUGGGUGUCGUCCUGUCCCUCCUCAUCCUUCUGACUGUUGGAGGUAAUGUGCUGGUGUGCCUGGCUGUCUGCGCCUCUCGACGCCUCCGCUGCCUGACGAACUGCUUCAUUGUGUCGCUGGCUGUGACAGACCUGCUGCUCGGUCUCUUGGUUCUCCCUUUCUCUGCCCUCCUCCAGCUCAAUGACGAGUGGCCGCUGGGCCCGGUCUUCUGCAACUUCUACAUCUCCAUGGACGUCAUGCUGUGCACUGCUUCAAUCCUCACCCUACUGGCCAUCAGUGUGGACCGCUACCUGGCCGUGACCAUGCCCCUGAGAUACACCUCGCUGGUGUUGCCGUGGAGAGUUGCCGUGGCCAUGGCAAGUGUCUGGACAGUGUCUGUGGCUGUGUCCUUCCUGCCUAUCCAAAUGGGAUGGAACACUGUUAACGGAACUGUACAGAACUUCGGGCCUUGGGCUUCAGAGAGGAGAUGUCGUUUUGAGCUGAACAAACCUUAUGUACUCACUGACGCUCUUCUCACCUUCUACCUGCCUCUGGUGGCUAUGUGCUGGACCUACCUCCAAAUACUUCGCAUUGCACGGGCACAGGCCAAGCGCAUUAUCAGUGCCAGACCUACUUGCGUCGCCAGCUAUAACUGCAGGAACAAUUCCUCCGCCACUACCACUACGGUUUCCACUGUUACAGUGGUGGCACUGCGGGAGCACAAAGCUACAGUGACACUGGCAGCUGUCAUAGGGGCUUUUGUGGUGUGUUGGUUACCGUAUUUCAUCCUAUUCACAAUAUUGGGCUUAAAGGAGCAUCCAGACCCGAGCACAGUACCAGAAUAUCCCUAUGUGUUGUGGCUGGGCUAUGCUAACUCAGCAUUCAACCCUAUCCUCUAUGGAGCCCUCAACAGGGACUUCAGGUCAGCAUAUGCACGUCUACUGAGAUGUCGAUGUCCUAUUUACAGCGGGUGGAGAGGUCGACAGCCAUGUCCCACUGCAACAGCAGCCAGAGAGCAGCUUACAGAGGUGACACUGCUGUGCGGUCACACCCCUGUCACCUGCAGGGCGGGUCUAACAGAUCAAAAUGUCAUGCUUCAAGAAAUGAAUAGCAGGACGGACACAGCAACUAUCCAAUUUGCAAAUGGCACUGCUGCCACAGAUGUCAACGAAAGGUCGUGCUGAGUCUGUCCUGGUGAGGUGGAUGCUGUACUCACUAUUCAACCCAGAACCAGAGUCCAUCACCCUGAGGAGAAAGAGUAAAAGACAGACAAAGAUGGACAAAGAUGUACAGCCCCACUAUUUGGAAGCCACAGUAGAAACACCAACAAUACAUCAUGUAAGUAGAUGUGCAUACUGACAUCCCUAUAGCUCCUACAGACCAUGUCUGGCCCAAAACAAAUGAACUGUGAUACACAGAUCCUAACUGUGUCAUCCACAGUGUAUCAGGCCAUAUGGCAAUACACUCAUUAGGCCAAGAAAUUCGCUUUCAAGCACAGAGCAGAUACAUUAUCCAGUUUCACAUCCUGCUUUCAUUUCUUUGUUUGCAUUUUGUGAGCAACCCAGACUAAUAGCUUUGAUCAUUUUAUGUGUACAUUUGCAAAGCAUGAAUUAGUUAAAGCAACAAAACAGGAAAAGAUUUUUUUUCUUUGUGAUUAGCUGUAAAUUGUAGCUCUACAAUACCACUCUACUGCAGCAUUUGGUACACAAGAAAUCUUUCUGUGCGCACAAUAAGCCAUCUAAUACAAAACAAAAGGGCUCUGCAAGGAUGUUUCUCUAUGCAUUGUAUGCAUAUGUAUGUAAUUAUAGGGUUUCUGGCAAUUAUUUAACCAAAAAGAAGUUCAUCAUCAAGCAACACGUCCCACAGUUUGCCAUGUCGACCAACAGUAACUUAGGUCAGCAAAGUAUAUAAAAUAUUUGUCAUAUUUAAUAUAAUCUUGCUUAAAAAUGAACUAAUGUUGCUGAAUUGUGUCUUUAAAAAGGAAUUUUCACAGCAAUUAGAGAGAAAACAAAUAUCACUUCCUGCAGAUAGUAUUUUGAAUUAGGGAAGCAUUAGCAACUAAUACUGCAGCUACUGGGUGAUUAUUUGAUAUAUAUAGUAUCAAACUUUUACUUAUUUGUGAAUUUACCACUGGGGUUUUUUGCUUUGUUUUUAACUGUAAAUGGUAUAUUAAUAUGAAUUGAUAUUUCCAAAAGAAGCAUUAAGUACUGAGUGCAACAACACUCUUAUAUGUGUACACAACUGUUACCUCCACAGCACCAGAAGACGGUAAAUCACACUCACCAUAACGGUAAAGCUGCAUAAAUGAAUGUUUCUUUCCUUUGUGCAUUUUGUACAAAUGUGAAUGAAUAGAGAAACUCAUUUUUGAUCUUCUUCUUUUGUGUUAGAACUCACUCAAGCCAUAAUUUAACAAACAAAACGGGGAGGAAAUAGGGAUCUCAGCAACUCCACACCUCAUCAGUUAGAAUCCACCGUACAUGCACAGCCGGCCGCCCAAGACCAAACAAAUGAUGAUACUCAACAGGAAUGGAGCUAAAACUGAAGUUGUUAGCACAGUUAGCACACGGCAACCAACCAUCACACAGGGCAGCAUAUGGCCCUAAAAUGCUUUCGAGCUAACUGGAUAGAACUGAAACUCUGCAGGACAGAAAGAGACCAGCCAAUUAACUUGUUGGCCAUCAAUUUCAUGAGCUGCUGGACUUUUUUUUUUUUUUUUUUUUUUUUUUUUUUAAAUGCUGACUCAAGAGUGCUCUCCAGUGGUAACUUGAAGUACCACAACUUCAACUUGGACAAAGUACAUGGACGUUUAAUUAAAAAUGGAUAUUCCACAAAAUCACAGAAUGGGAGAAAGAGAUAAAUAGACUUUCAUUAAUUAUUGGUAUGUUGAAAUGUGUGACCUUUGAAUGUGUAGCAUGCAAAGUAAUGUCUAGUGUCGAUUUUGAAGGAUGAAGCCGCCUCCAGAUGUUGCUUUACUGUGGAUCACUCUGUGGUGUAAUGUUGGCAAAUGCAUGCAUUGAAUCGCACUGUAAAUAUAACUGGCACGUACUGUUUCUCCAAAAUAAAUGUAAAAAAUGACAAAGGUACAAAUAAAAAGCAGCUUUAAUAAAGAAUGUAUUA